AUGAGAGCAACAGCAUUUGUCCUGCUCUCAGCUCUGGCGCUUACAACCAUCUUCACUGACUAUCUCCCUCAUAACUCUGCCCCUGCCCUGAUACUGACAGCUCAUAUUGACUGUAGUAAUUAUAAAAACUUACCACCAGUAAAAGAGAGAGUUUGUUAUGCUGUAUAUGCACCAAUUCAUGUAUCUGAUGGCAAAACUUACAGCAAUGAUUGCUACUUUUGUUAUGAAGUUAAGAAAGUAUUGAAAUAG